CUUCGCCUUAAGAAGGAUGCUGUACCACGAUUUUGAAUACUCUUUGGAACCCACAAGUGUAGCAUCUAAAGGAAGCAGCCAACAAAUGUUAGAACUGCAUUUGAGAAGAGACGAAGGCAAGAGAAUUGGUGGCAUGGACGUGGAACGAUUUAGGCCUUCCUACGGUGGCGAAGACUGGGACCCAGUAGUUAAAAUUUUGGCAGACGGCCUGAAAAUCGAACGCUUGAAGGUGCUUACAUUUUUUCAUUUUUAUCACACAAAAAAAGGAAUGUGGAAAGAUUCGGAACAAAAGUUGCCAUGAAAAUUUAUUGUCGCAUGGAGAUUGAAAAUUUUUUAAAGGGACAACAUAUAAUGCCGGCUGUAAUUUGAAUAAUAAAAUUAAAAAAAAUACUGACGCAAAAGAUGCGCACUUAAGAACUGGGUACAAGUAGGGGACACAUUUUUCGCUGAGUAUCGCUUCUGUAUGUAUCUAUUCUGUGGUAUUACUAAAGAAAAUGAAUUUGACCGAGAUUUUAAAGUGA